GCACCACAACAGCUGAGGAUGGCCUUCAAGGCGCUCGUGCUCGAUAUAGAGGGCACAACGACGCCCAUCUCCUUUGUGACGGAUGUGCUCUUCCCACAUGCCGAGGCCCAAUAUGCUAGCUAUAUACGGCAACAUUGGUCGUCUCCUGCCUUUGCUCAAAUCAAGGCUUCCUUUGCUGCUGAAGAUGAAGCACUCGUUAGCUCUCCAGAAACGCUCAUCUCAUUUGUUCAAACGAAGCAUGCCAAGAAUGAGAAGCAUACGGCAUUCAAGGCCUUGCAAGGUCAACUCUGGAAGAGUGGCUACGAAUCAGGUGCACUCAAGUCAAUGAUCUAUGAGGAUGUCCCGCGUGCCAUCAACAGGCUCGGCGUGCCUGUCAGUAUCUACUCUUCUGGUAGUAUUGAUGCACAGAUUCUCUUGUUCAAGUACUCUGACCGUGGAGACUUGACGCCGCACUUACAGGGGUAUUUCGAUACCUCGACGGCAGGUCCAAAGAUCCAGGCGUCUUCAUACAGCAAGAUUGUGGAGAAGCUCAGACAGUCUGCCUGCGAUGUGCUCUUUCUCUCAGACAACGUCAAGGAAGUCGAAGCUGCCAAGGAAGCAGGCCUGCAAAGCUACAUUGUCGAGAGACCAGGCAAUGCACCAUUAUCCGACACGGCAAAAGCAGCACACAGGGUCAUCACUUCUUUUGAUACGCUAUAGAUCUAAUCAAGCAUAAGACUCGACAAUUGUAUCGCG